AAGCAAACCCCGAGGGUCGUCCACCAACAUAUCCUGAGGUCUACACCAGUAGAAGGCAGCACAAAGGAAAAGGAAAAGAUCAACUGCCUAUAUAUUGUAAUGAUGAGACUCAAGAAAUUGGAUAAAUUGAAUUUAGUUGAAUAUGCUACUAGACAAGAGGAAGAAGGAUUUGACCCUACAAUACCUCAUGCUGAGAUAUUACUUAGGGCAACUGGUGGGGUCAAGAAAGGAUGGUUGAAAGGUUUGGAUAUUCACACACAUCCACAGGAUAUAGGUGUGAGCACAUCUAGACGAGAACCAUUCAGGCCAUCCAUUAUAGGACAGUCUAAUAGGGUUAUUGAAUUGGAGCAGACUGUUGAAUCAUUGAAGGCAGAUAAUGAUAACCUUCGACAACAAAUGUCUAAUGUUUUGGCAGAUAAUGCUAGUCUACGGGAGCAACAAUCGAUUUUUACGACACAGAUGCAACAACAGAUGCAGCAACUUUACCAGCAUUUAGGCAUGACCCCAACGGAUACCAGUGGGACAGUCACCCCUAGGACCUCCCGAGAUAUUUAGGUUUUUCUAUUUUCAAUUAAAUAUUUGUAUUGACU